AUGGUGGGUAAGAUGUAUCCUGUUGUGGUGUUAGUUUUCCUUGUCUUCCAUGCAAGUUUUUGUAGUGCCCAAGUGCUAAAAAUGCGAUCAUGGCAAAUGCCAUCUUUUCACUCAGCUAGCACGGGUGAUCAAGUGCUUCAGGGCCAGUUCACACAAUCAGGAGUCACUCAGCAGGAAGGAAACCUACUUCAGGAAUCUCUCCCAAACACUAAUCAAUCAUGGCAGCAGGCCCGAGUGGCCUCUGCAGCUUCCCAGCUCUGUGAGGUGGAUGAAUCUUCCCGGGUGGGUUGCGGUGAACGUGGCAUCAGUCCUGCCGAGUGUGAAGCACUAGAUUGUUGUUUUGAUAACCGACGUUUCUUUCGAGCUUAUGAUGGUCCAAUGUGCUAUUAUGGAAAGGCAGUGACUGUGCAGUGCACCAUGGAUGGGCUAUUUAUUUUGGUCAUAUCCAGAGACGUAACAAUACCAAGCAUUGAUCUAGAAAGCAUCAGUAUCCAGGCGAUUACUGGUGAGCCCUGUACAGCUGUUGACAGCAAUGAUGACUUUGCCAUCUUCCAGUUCCCAGUCACAGCCUGUGGCACUAGAACAAAGGUGGAAGGUGACUACAUUGUUUACGAGAACACUAUGGUAUCAUCGUAUGAGGUGGGGUUUGGUCCCCAUGGUGCAAUCACAAGAGACAGCUCUCUUGAGCUGACCUUCCAGUGCAGAUAUUUGGCCACAGUGGUGGAGGAUCUGGUGGUAGAUGUGAACACUCGUCCUUUGCCCCCUCCUGUGGUUCAAAAAGGCGCUCUGAGAGUGGAGCUCAGGCUUGCAAAAGGGGUGUGUAAGACCAAAGGGUGUUCUGAUGCGGAGAUGUAUAGUUCAUACUACACAGAGGCUGACUACCCUGUGACAAAGCUACUGCAGGAUCCUGUAUAUGUGGAAGUACGCAUUCCAGAGAGGGCGGAUCCGAAUAUUGCCCUUGUACUGAACCAUUGCUGGGCCACUGGUACACCCGACUCCUCAAGCAAACCUCAGUGGGACCUGCUGGUCGAUGGGUGCCCUUAUGCAGAGGACCGCUACCAGACAUCACUGGUCCCGGUCACGCUGUCUUCUGGUCUGCAGCAUCUAACUCACUACAGGCGUUUCAUUGUGAAGAUGUUUACCUUUGUUGGCCAGGAAACGUUAAUCCCUCAAGAGGAACAGCUUUUUAUCCACUGCAGUACUGCGUUGUGCCAGCUCUCAGCCACAGAGUCCUGUGAACCAAGCUGUGAUAGGACAAGAAGAUCAGUUUCACCUCCAUGGGAUUCUGAGAAGAAACUUCUAGUCUCUAGUGGUAUGGUCCUAUUUGUUGCUGACUCGCCAGCUCUAGCUAAGAGUCAAGCUGACAGUCAUGAGGAAGCCCAUUGACCAUGGGGAGUGUCUGGUGAAGCUGCUCUGAAGGCACUAGGUGUUUGUGUGCUCCUGGUGGCUGUUCUGAGACGAAGGCCAAAAUGGCAUCCUCGUCUAUGGGAGUACAAGGCUGUCGUGAAUAAAGUGUUUUUCCUGAA